AUGCCGACAUUCGAUCUGGACAAGGACAUUCCCGACCUUUCCGGCAAGAUCAUCCUCGUCACUGGAGGAAAUACUGGCCUCGGCAAAGAGACUGUCCUGCAACUCAGCAAGCACAAGCCAGCGCACAUUUUCCUCGCGGCGCGCAGCGAGUUCAAGGCCCUCGCCGCAAUCGAAGACAUCCGCAAGGCAGUCCCCAACGCAGCGCCUAUCACGUACCUCAACCUCGACCUCGAAUCCUUUGACAGCAUCAAAAAAGCUGCCACCGAUUUCCACGCCAAGUCGCAGCAGCUCCAUAUCCUCAUCAACAACGCCGCAAUCAGUGCGACCCCGGCCGGCACCACCAAGGAGGGUUACGAGAUUCAAUUCGGCACCAACCAUAUCGGCCACGCCCUCCUCACCAAACUACUCCUCCCCAUCCUCAAGAAGACGGCAGCCGCUACUCCACCCCAAGAUGUCCGCAUCGUCACCGUCGCCGCCGCCGCCGAGACCUUUUCCGCCUUCACCGAGUCUUACGAUUUCGACAAGCUCAAGACGGACAUGGCAUCCACCCCGACCUUUACGCGCUAUGGUAUCUCAAAGCUCGCCAACGUCCACUAUGCCCGUGCCCUGUCGCGCCGCCACCCGGAGAUAAAGUCCGUCUCCCUGCACCCAGGCUUCGUUAACACAAACCUCUCCAGCGGUCUCGCCGCCAGCUGGCCCAUCCUGAAACCUAUCCUACUCUUCUUCGGCUUGUUUCUCUCCAAUGUGUCCACUGGCGUCAAAAAUCAGUUGUGGGUUUCCGUUAGUCCCGAGGUCAAAUCAGGCGAGUUUUAUUUCCCUGUCGGUGUCGCCGGAUGUGGCUCGAAGCAUUCGUACGACCGAGAUCUCGAGGAACAACUCUGGGAGUGGACUGAGGAGGAGCUCGAGAAACAUGCGUGA